AUGUGGCAGUCUACGUUUGUGUUGCAGACAUUUGCUGCACAUCUCAACUAUACCCGAGGCCAGGUGGAAGUUCCAGCACUUGACAGUGAAAACGACAUCAUGCGGGCAUCACUUGCUUUGUCAGCAGGGGCAGUAAAACACACUCUGUACCUCCUUUCUGUAGGAGCAAUGGGUUUCACUAUUACAAUGGCUACUGGGAAGGGAAAGAAGAAGGCUUCUAACUUAUGCAAGGGUAAGGCAUCGGCUGUCAAUGGAGACAUCUGGGAAGCAGUUAUUGGGGAGAAUGAGAGCUUUUCUGAGCCGCUUUGA